ACUCGUUCCAAGUAGUGAGGUUUUGUUUAUUUUUUGAAAAAACAUAUAUAAUUUAUAUUAACGUUGAAUUAUGGACGAUUUGGACGAACUUUUUAGUUGUUUCACUAGUAAUAAUCAAAAUUCAAUAGGUCCUCCUACUGUUCCACCUCCAAAGGAUGUUUCAGAAAAGCCUAAAGAUGAUGAUGCUAAAGGCACAAAAAGACCAGUUUCUCCUGGACCUUCUGAGAAAUUGGAAGAAUCACCGAAGAAGUUGAAAAUGGAUCCUUUGUUGGAUGAUAUCAAUUUAGACGACCUAAACAAGCGCAUAGUAGUACACACAAUAGAAACAGUGGAAGGAUGUUUACACGAAGUAGCAUACCCCCCUGGAUUGGAUUACAUUCCUUUAAGACCUCCCAGUUCUGUACCAGCUAAAGAAUAUCCUUUCCUAUUAGAUCCUUUUCAAAAGGAAGCUAUUUUGUGCAUAGAAAACAACCAGAGCGUAUUAGUAUCUGCACAUACGUCUGCAGGAAAAACUGUUGUAGCUGAGUAUUCCAUAGCUAAGUCGUUGAAGGAUAAGCAGAGAGUUAUAUAUACAACACCGAUUAAAGCUUUAUCUAAUCAAAAGUUUCGAGAGUUUACAGAAGAAUUUAAGGAUGUCGGUUUGAUUACUGGAGAUGUUACUAUCAAUCCAACAGCUGCCUGUUUAAUUAUGACCACUGAGAUUUUGCGCAGUAUGUUAUACAGAGGCUCAGAGGUUACUCGUGAGGUCGGUUGGGUUAUUUUUGAUGAAAUCCAUUACAUGAGAGACAAAGAACGUGGAGUCGUAUGGGAAGAAACUUUAAUUCUCCUUCAAGACAAUGUGCGACAAGUUUUUCUAUCAGCCACAAUUCCCAAUGCAACACAAUUUGCUGAAUGGGUCUGUUUUAUCCAUCGACAACCUUGUCAUGUUGUUUAUACAGAUUACAGGCCUACUCCGUUGCAACAUUAUAUUUUUCCUGCAGGAGGGGAUGGAAUACAUUUAGUAGUGGACGAAAAGGGUCUUUUCAAAGAAGACAAUUUCAACAAAGCAAUGGCUGUGUUAGCAAAUGCAGGAGAUGCAGCAAAGGGCGACCAAAGAGGCCGAAGAGGUGGUAUUCGAGGCGCAAAUCCUACUGAAAGUAAUAUUUAUAAAAUUGUUAAGAUGGUUAUGGAAAGGAACUUUGCACCAUUGAUUUGCUUCAGCUUUUCCAAGAAAGAAUGCGAGACUUAUGCCAUGCAGAUGGCCAAACUUGAUUUUAAUUCCACUGAGGAGAAAAAGUUUGUCGACGAAAUUUUUCACAAUGCUAUUGAUGUUUUGAAUGAAGAAGACAAAAAACUACCACAGGUGGAAAAUGUGUUACCCUUACUAAAAAGAGGCAUUGGUAUUCAUCACGGUGGUUUAUUACCAAUAUUGAAAGAAACUAUUGAAAUAUUGUUUGCUGAAGGUUUAAUCAAAGCCUUAUUUGCAACUGAAACUUUUGCUAUGGGUUUGAACAUGCCUGCGAGGACUGUAUUAUUUACGUCGCCUAGAAAAUUUGAUGGAAAGAGUAUGAGAUGGAUUUCCUCCGGAGAGUACAUUCAAAUGUCUGGCAGAGCCGGUCGACGUGGCCUGGACGACAAAGGAAUCGUAAUUUUGAUGCUGGACGAAAAAGUUUCGCCGGCAACAGGAAAGGAAAUCGUUCAGGGCAAAGCUGAUCCUAUAAAUUCAGCUUUUCAUCUGACUUACAACAUGGUUUUGAAUUUAUUGAGAGUCGAAGAAAUCAAUCCUGAAUAUAUGUUGGAGAAGAGUUUUUAUCAAUUUCAGAACUUGUCUUCGAUACCGGAUUUAUAUCAAAAGGUCAUGGACAAAAGUCAAGAACUACAAACUUGCACAGUCGACCGAGAAUUCGAAAUAUCGUCCUAUCAUCAUAUCAGAACGAAAUUAGAUGACUUAGGUGAAGAAUAUAGAAAUUUUAUAACCAAACCGGAAUAUCUGGUACCGUUUUUGCAACCUGGGAGGCUAGUUAAGGUUAAAAACACUUUACAUGAAUACGAUUGGGGCAUGGUGGUGAAUUAUAAGAAGCAAAGAGUUACCCAGAGACCCAUAAGAGGCAGAAGGAACCCAAAUCCGAUGAGCGAUGAGGAGCAUCAUGUGAUUGUCGAUAUUUUGUUGCAUAUUGCCAAAAUUGAUGAUGCAGCAAAUAGUAGUCAGGUAUCAAAGAUACCUCCGCCUUGCUUGGAAGGAGAAACUGGAGAUAUUGAGGUGAUAUCAGUGGAACAUGGUGCCAUAUGGAAGAUUAGUUCUGUCCGAGUUCAUUGUCCAAAUGAUUUGAGACCCAUUGAUAGCAGAAAAUCGAUGUUUAAAACGAUACAAGAGGUUAAGAAAAGAUUUCCAGAGGGGCCUCCUUUGUUGAAACCGAUUGAGGAAAUGCAUAUCAAGGAUGAGGAAUUUUUGAAUUGUAAGAAUUUAAUAGAACAAUUUGAAGAAAGACUUUACAAACAUCCCUUACACAAAGAUGCUAAUCUUGAUAAGUUGUAUAAUGAUUACACAAAUAAACUACAAGUGACUGCGGAUUUUAAAAGUGCAAAACAGGCAUUGAAAAAGGCAAUGUCCCUUCUCCACAUGGAAGAGCUAAAGUGCAGAAAGCGUGUACUGAGACGUCUCGGUUACUGCACCCCAUCGGAUGUCAUAGAGAUAAAGGGUCGCGUUGCCUGCGAAUUGAGCAGCGCCGACGAAUUGCUUAUGACGGAAAUGAUGUUUGAAGGUAUUUUUAAUGGUAUCAAAGUCGAGGAGUGUCUCGCUCUUUUGAGCUGCUUUGUCUGUGACGAGAAGAGUCAGGAGACGCAGAAGGCUACUGAGACGCUAUCGGGACCUCUGAGGCAUAUGCAUAACCUGGCAAGAAAAAUAGCAAAAGUCAGCAAAGAAUCCAAAAUAGAAAUCGACGAAGAGGCUUACAUCCAGCAAUUCAAACCGCACAUGAUGGAUGUUGUCAUUGCCUGGUGUCGGGGAUCGAAAUUUGCAGAAAUUUGCAAAAUGACUGAUAUAUUCGAAGGAUCUAUCAUUCGAUGUAUGAGACGACUGGAGGAGCUUUUGAGGCAGAUGAUUCAGGCUGCCAAAAGUAUAGGAAAUACUGACUUGGAGAUCAAGUUUAGCGAAGGGAUUCAAUUGCUGAAGAGGGAUAUUGUUUUUGCUGCUAGCUUGUACUUAUAAAAGUAAGAGUAGUAAUGGACAUAUUUAAAAAAUAAAAUGAAUAUUUAUAUAUUGAUAAUUUAUGGACAACUAUUAUGUGAACUUGUUUGUCAC